AUGGCUUCUACCUCCGAAACAGGACUACAACUAUUCGCUCGUUUGAUCCCAAGGCCUAGUCUGGUGGGGCUGGACAACACGUUGUUUCCUGAAGGACCGAAUGCUAAAGACGUAAUUGAAAUAAGCGGAGACCCUUCCACAGGAAAGACUCUUCUCUUCCACCAGUUCAUCGCCAAGUCCAUCCUUCCAAAAGAAUUCAACAGAGUGCAACUGGGCGGAUUGAAGUCAGGUGUAGUGUUGAUAAAUACCGAUCACCACUUUCAAAUGUUAAAAUUGAUAGCCAUGAUGGAAAACCAUCUGAACUGUGUGAACAAUUUUUCAGUCUCCAACAUUGAAAAGGUCAUUAAGGAAUCUUUGGACAGACUUAUAAUUUACAAUAUAACAGAUAGUGUACAACUUCAAACUACAUUUUAUGCACUGCAAUCUCUGGUGUCCAACCAACCAGAAAUCGGAUUGGUGCUGCUUGAUAGUGUUUGUGCGUUUUACUGGCAAGACUCGUUGACGUCUGGUAUUCGAAAAAUGGACUUUUAUACUACAUCGCUUAUAAGAGUCCUACAAAAGUGCCUUGGAGAUUUUAAAGGUGUAAUUAUGUACAGUCGACCAUCAUACUUUCAGUCAAAGUUGGCAAAGUCGGAAUCGUCCAAGACAGGCUUGGGUUUUGCAAAUCAUAAAAUAGUCCUCAAGAAAAUUAUGGCGGAGGAUCGAUAUUCAUACAUGGCUGAUGUAGAAACAUCAAAUGGUAACAGUUUUAAGAAAGCUUUCACCAUCAGUUCAAGUGGUAUUCAGUGGGUUGAAUAG